UCUAGCUAUUCAAUUAACGUAAGUUAAAUUUCUUGGAUAAGGGAUAGAGAUGAGGUGACUGCAGUUUAGAUUAACUCUGUAGAAUGCACUUGCAUGGGUAUUGAGAAAACCACUUUUUACAUAUGCAGAUUUCCAGUUAAUUUACUGGUCAUAAGCUAAUGGAUCCUACCAUUUUUCAUAUCUGAGAUUUCUGAGUCCUAUGUCCUACGAUGGUUUCACAGGUGGCUAGGUUCUCCUCCAUUAUUUCCUCUUGUAUGGUUUCAGCUGCAUUUUUCUCUGAUUUUAUUAUAUCAAUGAUCACAUCUCCAUCUACUCUCCAUUUUCCAGGAAUUAGUUGAAAAUUUUCAUCAACUGAUAGAACCCUGAGCCUCUGUGUGUUAUUGUUUUAGACUUAAAAUUUUUAUUCACUCAAUAGAAUUUUGGUGUAAUUUUAAAAGAAACAGGAGACAAAAAUCUAUGUUUGCUAUGUUGUAUUCAAUAGUGUUUCUGUACAACCUCAGUUUAAAAUUAGGGUUUUUUUUUCUUUUAUGCCAUUGUCUUGAAUUAUUUUAACAUAGACUUACUUCUGUUUCUUAAAUAUAUAUUUUUUAGUUCAGAAGUCCUCUGCAUAAUUCACGUUUUACCUCAGCUUAAUGUUAGUAUUAUAAAUCAUGUAAGAAAGGAAAUACCUGUCAGAAUUUUUAAAGUAUUAUCUAGAUAAUACAAUGCAUUUUGAGAGAAGGAUAAAAGACACAGUACCCCUUUCUGUAUUGUUCAUAAUAAAAUUCCUUCAUUUUCUUGUUCUGUUUUCCAAAUAGCUAUUGCACUUUGGAGAAGAUGCUGGAAACUCACAGAGUUUCGGCCAGAGAAUGUAUGCCUGAACUGAAAGAGAAAGUGGAAGUAGCUUUUUAGAAGAAAAUGGUGAGAUAUCGUCUGUGGGAUUAAUAAAAGUUAAAAGCAUCUCAAAUUUAGGCAGAAAACUAAAGAAUGAGAAACUAUUGUAUGGUUAGUUAUUUCUUCCAUAUUAUACACGUAUUCAAGAAAUCUGUUACCUUGAUUAAUAAGACUGAGCACAUUGGUUUUGUCAUUUAUUCAUGGAGGAAGUCCACCACCCACUUGGGGAGCAGAAGGAAAUCUGCCAUCUCAAUUUACUUAACUCCAGAAGUUUCUUUGCAGAAAUAUGAUUGUCCCUUCAGUGGAACAUCACUUGUGGUCUUCUCUCUCUUUUUGCAUGUAGUCUGUGCUGUCAUCAAAACUGUUAGGACUUACCCAUUAGAACGCCCAUCUCCUCUUCAGGGAUCUGUUUCUUUCAACUUUUCUACUGUUCAAAAAUUAUGUCCCGCCAAAGACUGGAAGGUGCAUAAGGGAAAAUGUUACUGGAUUGCUGAAACUAAGAAAUCUUGGAACAAAAGUCAAAAUGACCGUGCCAUGAAAAAUUCAUAUCUCAUGAUGAUACAAGACAUUACUGCUAUGAUGACUGCCUUUUUGCUGUACCUCCACAUGGCAUUUCUUCAAUGUGUGUACAUCUCUGAUGUCUCUGUGUGUCCAAAUUUCUUCUUCUUACAAGGACAUUGUCAGAUUGGAUUAGGGCCCACCCCAAUGGCCUCAUUAAAUCCAAUCUUUUUUGACAUAUGCAUAUAGAAGUCAUUGGAUUUCAGUAUUGAGGAGAUAGAGGCUACUGAAAUCCAUAUGUCUGCCUCUGAGGUCUUCUCUGGAAGAGGUCUCUGAUGAAGAGGACAAAACUCUUACUUGAUGUCACAGUUUGAGUAAGAGGAAUGGGAUAAGUUCUUGGCAGCCACCAGCCACCAGGAGAUGGCUGAAAUAGAUUACUGGGAAAUUCAAGGCCAAUCAAUAGAAUUAUCUGGAGAUAAACUCUCUGGGACAGUGUUAAUCAGAUUGUCAUGCCCUAUUUGAGUCACAGUUUGUGUUAGUCAGAGAUACGGUGAAGUCUAAGGAGGAUGGGGAAGAGUGAUUGGUGGUAGCAGAUAAAAGACAAAUGAAUCAGUGGGAUCAAUGGAGAUGACCAGGUUUGGUGAGAAGACAAUAUCAUGACAGAAGGUGUCCAGAGACAGAGUGAGACACAGACACAGGAACAGGAUCCUGUGCCAUGCUCCAGGAAAAGCAUGGAAAAGGCAAGUGGUGAGGGCAGAAGACAGUUCUACAAGAACAUGAAGUCCAGACACACAAAGGGCUGGAGAGGCAGAAACACAGUGGUGAGGGUGAGCCCGAGAGAAGAUGUGGGGAGCAAGGACUCAUGGCAGAGAAGACCCUGGUUUACCAAGAUGAGAAAGUCAACUGUGAAGGUGUACUAAGAACACAUGAAGGAUGAGUGGAACCCAGGGGCCACAAAGUCUUUGAAGGCAGAAGAUAUAAGACAAUCUAUGGGCAGGAAGAAAAACAUUAGUGAAAAUAUGCAGGCCAAUGUCAGAGGGGCCUCGGAUGGCAGAGAGAAGACCAGUGAUGUGCGUGAAAGGAGUGCUGUGGGAACAGACCCAGUGUGAAGUUAUGA